CUCAGAACUACCACUGCAAGAGUUCAACUGGCAGUACAAGAUAGACCAGGCCAACCACCAUCCUGAAGACUUUCCUAUCACCACGAAAAGCGAAAGAGUACUGUCUGUGGAGUCGCAAGUAGACCACAACAGAAGAAGCCUGUUUCACCAGAGAAGUCAUACCAAACGAGCUGAUCUUGAUACUAGUACUAUCGGCGCUUUUGGAAAUUUUCUGCACCUUUAAAAUUGGAUCAAUUGCUGUGAAAACAUCACAGCAUAGACCAUCAACAUGAGCUUUCAGACCGGCCGUGGCCAGAGAAGAAAGAGAGACUUGGACUGGGACGACGAACAGCCCGAAGAACAGGCAGAAUCACAACAACACACCAGCCAAGAGAAGCAAAGCUCCAAACCUGAAGAUGUCCUAGGCCAAAAGGAAACAGAGGCAGCCAAUUCUGGCUCUGUUGCCAAUACCGAUGCUGCUGCCGACCUACGCAAUGCCUCAAGGAAACAGUACCUCCAGAAACGCCAGCAGCUCAAGCUAGAGCAAUUGGACAAAGAGAUUCAGGACUACGAAUCGCUUCCACACCUUUCCAACGAAGAACGCAAGGACUACAAUAAAAAAAAGCAAAUCUAUAAGGUAAUCACAGAAGCUUCCGUCCAGGAGGAACGGGUCCAGUUCCAGCUCCAAGACGAUUCUCAAGACAAGAAGAGAAAGCACGAGAUAUUACACGCAAAGACCGAGUACGAUGACAAGGAGGACACCACCAGAACCAGAGAGAAGAAAAAUAGGUAUGAAAACCAGUGGGAAUUGGACCAAAUGAAGAAGGCAUCGCAGUUGUCCACCAUAGAUACGGAUAAGAUCAACUUGCCUGAUCAGGACCAGUAUGAGUUCGUGUUUGACGAAUCCCAGUACGUUGACUUUGACCAGAAUGAGGUCAUCAAGGGGAACGAAGACCCGCUGAAUGUGGAGGAGGAAAUGGAAAAGAAACGGAUGACCAUAUUGGAAGUCCGCGAGUCCCUCCCGGUAUUCAAAUUCAAACAACAGUUCUUAGAGACCGUGCAGGAAAACCAGGUCUUAAUUGUUGUUGGAGAAACAGGCUCUGGUAAGACUACUCAAUUGCCUCAGUACCUUGAUGAGGCUGGUUACUCGAAAGGAACGGAAGGGAAUAAACUCAUAAUUGGCUGCACUCAGCCACGUAGAGUGGCAGCGACUUCGGUGGCAACCAGAGUGGCUGAAGAAUAUGGAUGCAAGUUGGGAGAGCAGGUCGGUUAUACCAUCAGAUUUGAAGAUAAAUCGAAUGAAAAUACUGUCAUCAAGUAUCUCACUGAUGGUAUGCUAUUGCGAGAAUUUUUAAAUGAUCCCGAGUUAUCGAAAUAUGGCGCUUUGAUGAUCGAUGAGGCCCAUGAAAGAACUCUUUCCACGGAAAUUUUGCUAAGUCUUCUCAAGGAUAUCUGCCAGGCUCGAAGUGAUUUAAAAUUAAUUGUUGCCUCUGCAACCAUUAAUGCAACAAAGUUCUCCGAGUUUUUCAAUAACGCUCCCAUUCUCAAUAUUCCGGGAAGAAGAUUCCCAGUUGAAAUUCAUUACACCAAGAACCCAGAGGCUAAUUAUAUACAAGCUGCAAUUACCACCAUCUUUCAAAUUCAUUUAACUCAAGACUUGCCUGGUGACAUCUUAGUCUUUUUAACAGGUCAAGAUGAGAUCGAAACAAUGGAAGAAUCGCUAAAUGAAUCCGUGGCGAAACUAGGCUCUCAAAUCAAGCCGUUAUUGGUGUGCUCCAUAUAUGCAAACUUACCUAAUGAGGCACAGGCCAAAAUCUUCGAGCCUACACCAAAAAAUUCUAGGAAGGUAGUAUUGGCCACAAACAUUGCAGAAACAUCGAUUACAAUCGAUGGUAUCGCUUAUGUUAUUGACCCCGGCUAUGUGAAGCAAAAUGUGUUUAAUUCCAGUACUGGAAUGGAGAGUUUGGUGGUAGUUCCAUGCUCCAGAGCUUCGGCCGAUCAAAGAGCCGGUAGAGCCGGUAGAGUGGGUCCAGGUAAAUGUUUCAGGUUGUACACCAAGUGGUCCUUUUAUAAUGAGUUGGAAUUGAAUCCCGUGCCUGAGAUUCUUAGAGUCAAGCUCACCUCAGUGGUGUUGUUAUUAUUAUCAUUGGGGAUCAAUGAUUUGAUCAAUUUCGAUUUCAUGGAUCCCCCCAGCUCCGAAUCGAUCAUUAAAGCCCUUGAAUUGUUAUAUUCGUUGGGGGCUUUAAGCUCACUGGGAGAAUUGACCAAGGUGGGUAGAAAAAUGGCCGAAUUUCCGAUUGACCCUAUGUUCACGAAGGCAUUGCUACAGAGCUCCAAGUAUGGGGUUUUUGAGGAUAUAUUGUCAAUAAUGUCUAUGUUGGGGGAGUCCGGAACUUUAUAUUAUAGACCCAAGGACAAAAAAGAGCAAGCAGAUAAAGCUCACGAGAAAUUCAGCGAAGAACAGGGCGAUCAUUUGACACUACUUAAAAUAUGGAACGAGUGGGUGGAAACCGGGUAUUCGAAUACGUGGUGCCAGGAUCACUUCGUCCAGUACAAAACUUUGAAGAGGGUAAGACAUAUCAGAGAACAAUUAGAGAGAUUGUGCAAAAAGAUCGGAAUUGAAGACGAGACUGAUGACAAUGAAAAUAAACCCUUAAUGAUUCAGAAAGCGAUUUUGUCUGGCUUUUUUCCUAAUAUUGCACGUAUCUCAAAAAUGGGCGAUUCAUUUAGGAGACUCAAGCAGAACCAGGCUGUUUACAUCCAUCCUUCGUCCUCCUUACACUCCCUAAAGCCUCCACCCAAAGUGGUCUUGUAUCAUGAGUUGGUAUUGACCAGUAAGGAAUUCAUGAGAAAUUGUAUGAUAAUUGAAGAAAAAUGGAUUAAGGAAUUUGCAUCUCAUUUUUACAGUGGAAAGGACUUGGAGUUCUUAGACAGGAGAAAGCGAUAGCUCAUAGACAUUAGAAUAUCUAGUUGAUAAUAAUUUAAAUGAAUAUUUUCAGGCAUAGGAAAUGACAAGGGUGGUUAAACCCAGUUGACUAAAGUUAUUCAAAAUAUUCUCAUUGCUGGGAAGGAACACUGUAUCUCGUACAUAUUUACUCUAUUCUGAGUUUGUUAAUUGAAAGAAAAGGAAUAUUCUGAUCUAUUGAUUCUAUUUUGCUAAGCUUGUUUCAUUUCCCCAGUAAACUACGAAUAUUGUCCAG